AGGAGCAAGACAAUAGCCUUCAUUAAACUUAUUUCCACUCAAGUGUCGUUAUCUAAUCCCGACUACUUCGUGACAUGAAUCUUUUACACACAUUUAUUGGUCUGAGCAUCCUAUGCUCUGUUUCGGCUAUAAGAUCUUCAUGGAUUAUACCGUCUGAAAGAACUUGCCGCUUCUUCAUCAAUGAGGAAUUUGCCAUCGACGAGACUCGUUGCCAGGAAACGUGUGAUAAAUAUGGACAACCAUGGUGUAACGACUACGCUCCUGAUGGAGAUUGCUACUGUAAAAAGGGAUACACUCGCCUAACUACAAACGGCAUUUGUGUACGCACCACCAGUCUUUCGUGCCGUCGGAGAAUGCCACCAACGGAAGCAACAUGCUCAAGGAAACAGAAUGAACAACUCAGCGAAUGGGCAUACGACGAACCAUGCGGAAACACAUGCGCAAACUAUAAAGUUCCAUGCAAAAUUAUGGUUCCAAUGGUGAUGAUGUGGAGCCCUCAUUGUGUAUGCAAAGAAGGAUUUGCUAGACUACCAAAUGGAAAAUGUGUUGCCAUUGAUGAUCCACAGUGUGUCAACCUAUGGAAACCAUCCAGACAGCAAUGCAUUCGAAGAGGAAACGAAGUUUAUGAUACCGGAUCAGCGUGCCAGACAACUUGUGACGAUCUCAAGCCAAAUGCCGGACCGAAGAUGUGCAUUAUGUCCAUCGUUGAAGAUUGCUACUGUCCGGAAGGGAAGGUCCGAUACACCGAGGGCGGUGAAUGUGUUAAUAUAGCCGACUGUCCUGCAUAAACUGUUCGUCCAAAUUUUGUUCGCACUUGAGAUACUCGCUUUUCAAUUAAACAGAUCAUGACAAAUCAUGUCCGGAGCGAUAGCGGAGGACUUGACGCAGUCGAACUUCCAAAAAAA